AUGAUCGCAGUGUUCUCAGAACUUACUUCUGCUACCAAAGAAGAAGCCUCCUUCCUCGAAUCGCACAAAAUCGAUCUCGAUUCCGCUGUCUCCACCUUCUUCGAAAAAGCCGUAGGGCUUCGUCUUCAUACGAGAAUUGCUCUUACUUUCGUUGUUUCACGGAGCGCUAGGGAUUUUUCGCCUUGGGAUCUACGUAUAACUAGAUGGAAAAUAGGGUCUCGUUUAUUAUACACGUUAUGCAUCGACACAUUCAUAGACCCUCCACCUGAUUCUCUCGAUCGUUGGUUACUAAGCGACGAGUCCUCCUCAAUCACCAUUGUUAGCUAUGGCCUCCCUGUAAAGCCACCACCAGCAGAAGAAUGUCGCACCCCACAGCUACACCGGAGACCUUCGACCUUUCAGCUACUGCAGGUAAGGACAAUUAGUUUGUUUGGGGAAGUAUGGGGGAUUGGUCCAGCAACUCCAUUGAAAUUGUAUGAAAAAGGACACAGAAGUCUGGAGGAUUUAAAAAGUGAUGACACGUUAAUACAGUCAAAUAUAUUAGGGUUGAAGUAUUUUGAUGAUAUCAAAACAAGGAUACCACGUGAUGAGGUGCAAGAGAUGGAGUGCUUGCUACAGAAAGAUAGAGAAGAUGUUUUACCUGGUAACUUGGUUAAUACCUGGGCGUUGAGAAUUCCAUUCCCGUGGUUGAUCUUUAAUGAGAAGAUCAAAGUGAACUCUGUUUUUCUCCUGGAUACGACUGUUGUUUCCGAUUCCGUCCUGCUACUGUUUUGUGGAAGCAUCUCAAAAGGCGAUAUAGAUGGGCACUUGAAAAUGUUGGGAGGAUACUUGGAGUUCUUCAUGGAACCUUCAUUGGCUAAACUGUAUCACAACUUAAGAAAAGAUCUCGAUGAGUUAUUCCAGUAUAAAUUAAUUUUUGAUACUUCUUUUAUGGUAGUGGGUUUCCACGUGCAGCUGAUGAAAGACCAUCACCAUUGUAAGCUUAAGAAGAGUAAACAUGGUAUCCUUAUCUCAAUUGCAGUCAAACCACAAGCUUCUAGGGCCAAUUCAGUUGCUGAGACAUUUUCUGAAUUCAAACACCUUCUUCUUGUGUAUAAGUUCAAUAGCAAAUUUAGUACUUUCUUGUGUAUAAGUUCUAUUAGAAGACAACCAUAUUUUUGA